AUGCCUAUGAAAUAUAUAGAUAUAUAUGAAGACUGUUGGAAUCCGGAUCCUUCAAUCAGACCUAAAAUUUCUGCCAUAUUAAAUGAUCUUGAACUUCUUGAAAAAGAACCAGGACAAACCUGCACGGAAGAAGAUAUUCCGUCCAGCACAGAAAAUGCUCCGUUAACAGAAUCACCAUUAAAAUAUUCUACUACUCCGACAAAUAAUACUGCACAAAUGCAACUAUCUCUGAUUUCGAAAGAUAUGUUUUUAUCACUUUUUGAAAAAGUUCAUAAUCUAAACAGAACAUGGGUACCAGUUAACAUGCAACUUAAUAGAAAAAUGUGUAGAAAAUUAGGUCAAUGCAUUAUUGACGCUGAACAUAUUACUUGUUCGCUAGAAAAUUAUUUUGAUAGUAACGUUGAUGAUCCAUUUACAACAGAAAAUUAUUUAUCUUUCAAAACUUUUCUACGAAAUUUACAGAGCAUUAAAAAUUUUAUUGAAAAUAUAUCCCAAAUUGGGGCGUUAAAACCUUUUGUUCGUGUGAUUGAUUCAAAGAUUUCAUUGAACCAACUAAAAAAUGAAUAUAUUAAAUUACUAAAAGCGUUUAGUGAAUCUAUGUCGUCUCUCAAAUUUGAGUGUCAAAUCGAUAAACAAGUUUUAGAUAUGACCAAAAAAAUUGAUGACGAUAUUAAAGAAACAAUUAAGUUUAUCGAAGCAUUUCAAUACAAUUUUGAUGAAGUCAAUUCCAUGUUUAAAUAUAUUGAUCAGAUAACUACCAAUAUUAUGAACGCCUCCAUCGAUGAUGAUUUAUUUUAUAACAAAUCAGUGAAGUUUAUAAGGGAAUUUAAAGAUGGAGGCAUUCAAAAAACAGAUGACGGUAGCAUCACAAUCAUGAGACGGGUUGAGUUUCAUCAAGAUGAAAAGAAUAAUAUAUCUGUUCAAGUUGCACUUUUAAAAGCUUUAAAAGAUUUAGUGAACAUAGCCAAAUUUUAUGGAAUCAUACAAGACCCAUCAUCUCCUAACUCAAGAUAUGUGAUCACAGAAUGGUCAGAUCAUGGCAGUUUAAGGGAUUAUUACGUGAAGCAUAAACCUCUGGAUCUUUUGACUAAGUUAAUAUUUGCAUUUGACAUAUGCAAUGGGUUGGUGUUUCUAAAUGCAGUAAAUUUUUUACAUCGAGAUAUUAGGCCUGAUAAUAUCUUGAUUUCUGGUGCAAGUAAUCCUAAGGCCAAAAUUACAAACUUUUUUCUUGGCCGAUUAAUGACAGAUGAAACGAAAAAUUGA